AUGGCUAAGGAUGACGACAAUUCGUCACCACCGCCACCUUCAUCCCCUGAGUUUUAUCCUACCCUCACAGUUCAAUAUUCAAGCUGGGUAGAAUUGUUUGAAAAUCAUGUUUGUGCAUAUGAUGUUUUAGAUCACAUUGACCCCAAAACACCUCGUCCUUCCAAUAUUUCUGAAACUUUAUGGAAUCGACUUGACGCGAUCGUCAAACAAUGGAUCUACGGCACCAUAUCGAAGGAUCUUCUUGAGACUAUUCUUGGUCGUAAGUCUACUGCUCAACAGACUUGGGACCGUAUCAAGGACAUAUUUCAGGAUAACAAGAGUACGCGGGCGGUGUACCUUGAAACUCAACUGAACGCAAUUCAUCUUGACGCCUACCCUAAUGUCACCGCGUUCUGCCAGCAGCUUAAGAGCAUUUAUGACCAAUUAGCGAACGUCGCCCAGCCCAUCUCUGAUCAGAAAUUGGUGCUCCGUCUCGUCGCCGAUCUUAAUAAAACGGAUAAUGACACCGUUGAAACUAUGAUUGCCCAAGCUAACCCACUGCCCUCUUUUAAUACGGCCCGUUCUCGUCUUCUUCUCGAAGAAUCGCGGCGCAACACCGAUCACAGCAACCCCCCUUCAUCCUUUUUUGCACAGCAACAAAGCUCCGCAUCAUCCGAAUCCGCCCAACAACAACCAGCUGCACCCGGCGGAGGACGUGGUGGCAGAGGUCGUGGGCGCGACGGGGGUAAGGCCGGUCGAGGCAGGGGGCGCAGCCAGGGGCGUGGUGGUCAAGGAGGCCAGGCUCGGGGUGGACAGCAGCAACAAUCCCAACCCUCGCAAGCCCCUACUUCUCAGCAACCUUCUGGACCGAUUGGUCAAGGUUGGGCCCAACAGGGCACUUGGCCCAAUCAGCAGUAUCAUUGGCCUCAAUGGGCAACUCCACCAGCCCCCUUUCCAACUAUGGGCCAUGUUCAGCAAAGGCCUAGUGCACAAACUCAACAUCAGCAAGCUUAUUACAGUGGUUCUCCUAUGUACGGUCAACCCAUGACCCCAACGGAGCUCGGUAGUGCUUCCUCAACACCUGGAUUGUCCCCACCGGAUAUUGGAUGGUAUAUGGAUUCGGGAGCUACUUCUCACAUGACCCAUACUUCCGGUAAUCUUCUUCCCUUGUUUCAAUUAAGCACUAAUAAUCAUAUUUUAGUAGGAAAUGGUCAUCGCAUUCCAAUUACUGGUUAUGGUCAUUAUAAAUUCCCAAAUAAAUCUCUUGCCCUUAAAGAUGUCCUCCUUGCCCCUCAAAUUAUUAAAAACCUUAUUUCAGUCCGUAAAUUUACCUCUGACAAUUUGGUUUCUAUUGACCCUAAUGGUUUUUCUGUGAAGGACCUUCGAAUGGGGAGGGUAAUCACCCGAUGCAAUAGUUCGGGGGAUCUCUAUCCUAUCACUACUACUUAUCCAAGCACAUGCCUUGCCACGUCCCUCACCACUGUCGCUCCUACCACUUGGCACGACGCCUAG